GCUCAAAAGCUCCUUCGGUCGCCUUUUGGCGAGCGCAAGGAAAGUGUCGUCAAGUUGCCAGCCACGUGCGCCUGUUUUCUGCUCUCCAACCGCCGUUUUUACCUCGUCAUUCGGUUGUGUGGAUCAUCCAUCUCAGUGAUGGAAGGGCAACGUUUUUACACUUCGUCGAGCGUAGAAGAGAGAGAUGACAUGAUGCGUUCUUCUCAUGUCCUCGGAGAAGGGAUUUCCUGUUAGAAAGGCACUGUCUUAGGCCUUAACAGCAAAAGUACGACGAACGAGCAUUUUCCCAAAAACAAAAGGGAGGCACUGGAAGCGCUACAAAUAGAGAAGAAUGGGCAACGAAGAAAGUGUAUGGACCCAGGACCACUGAUCAAUGGUUGAAUCUCCAUUUCUAGUUAGGUCGGCUCCACCCCAGUUAUUGUUUUGUUACUGUUCGUUGUAUUCCUGUGAAAGAGUGGCUGUUAGUUUGAUGAUUACGGCAAUACAUCACUCAAAUUCACAAAUGAAUGUCUCCCCAACUCCUGACUAGAAAAUAUGGCCUUGGCAGGAACAACAAUAAGCGUCGUCGUCUUGCCUUCGCGGCUGGACGCCUCGACCUUCGGCACACUGCAUUCCUCACAUGAACUACCCGGUCAAUAUUCGACACACCGACGAUUCUACCAACAACAGCGGAAUCGCUAUGGUGUGCCUGGUGGUUCUCCAUUCUAUGUGCACCUGUUGAAAACGCAGGAGAGUCAACCGCAUGUUCCCCUGCAUGGUGGAGUAUGGGCAGCGCAGAGACUACAAAUAUAUGGCUGCGUUUCAUCUUCUACUACGUCUUCGACGCAGACCGUGAUAGAAGAUACGGCUUCACGACGUUGGCUUAGAGCAGGACUGUUGGCAAGAAGAGCUGCUCAAGCAGGCGUGAGACAUAGACGGGAAUCACGCGUAGUGCGAUGCGAUGCGGGAAGAUCAUAUGGUGCAUCAAACAUAGCAGCGCCUUGUUCCCCUUCCCGCGAGGUUGAGCCUAUUGGAAAUGGCUACGUCGUUGUCCGUGAGGAUUCCGAUGAUCGCGUGGUGUAUACCUAUCAACCUGAUGAAGAGAGUGAUGCGACUGCGAAUGAACACAAGGCACAGGAGAAUGAACACAAGGCACAGGAGCAUGAACACAAGGCACAGGAGAAUGAACACAAGGCACAGGAGGAGGGAGAGGAACCGUCAUCAGUCAGAUCAACACCUGCAACUUCCAUUCAGCAAGAUAAUGACGACUACGAGCAGGCACAACAACAAUCUUUACAGUGGCGUCGCAGACUCGCAACCCUUCGCUCAUUUGGGAUGUGGCUCUUUUGCCUAGGUGCUUGGCUUACGGCUUCUAUAGUGCCAGUUUACUUCCUGUCGCUUUGCCUGCGUGGAAGUUGGCAAACGCUUCGAUCCGUUACUGCCGGUUCGAGCAUCACUCAUCUAGACUCUGCUUCGUGGCUAGCAACGCAUGGACUGCUAGACAUCGCAAUAUGGGGAGUCAGCAGUUUGUUUAGGAGCAGCACCGCUGGUUGCUCGGAUUCCUCAUCCUCAUCACCUUCUCCACCUGCUUUCGAUAGAGGACACUUGAUAUCGAGUUUUUGGACCCAACUAGUCUGUGGAGCGGGUCUCUAUUUCCAAUCUAUUUUCGCUUUGGAUCGGGUCGCGGGCAAAGAGGCACUUUUGCUUCCACCAUGGGCACGUCGUGAACUUGCUGGCAGUUUGAUGUCUUGGUUCCCUAAAGUGGAGGUUGUGGUUUACAAGCACAAAGGAGGUACUGGAGAAGGUAUAGAGCUUGACAAGAGCAAAGUGAUGAUGAUGGUUCAUCCACAUGGAAUACUUAACGUGGGAGGCUUCCUGUUGUGGUCGCAUCUAUACCUGAAACAACAGACGGCGGUUCGGGAUUCAUCUUAAGGCAGAUGUCGUAGUCCAAGAUCCUUUAUUCGCUUGAUAACACCCCUCAGGGCAGACAGAUAAAGAAUUCGCAUGAAGUCCUCUUCUAACUACCAAGGCGUCUUAUCGAUGAAACUGAAAGAGUAAUAGCUCUCGGUUCUUCAUCUCCCUUCGCAACGUCUCUCGUGGCGCCAUUUUUAACGUCGAUUGGUGGUCUACCUAUGCAUGGUCUCACUCGUAUGGUCGGUCUAGAAAUGGCGCCAGCUCGGCGCAGUUUCUUCCGAAGACGUUAUGGGCGCAAGUCUCGAACAACUGCUUCGGGAAGUAAAAAGGAUGGUAAGCUCAAGAGACUAGAUAGCGUGAAGAAGAUCAAAGGUGAGGACAAGGAGGUUGAUAGUAGUACAAGUAGUAAAGGUCAUUCUUGUUCUGAUAGGACGAUAGGCCCAGUCGGCAUCGUCCCAGGAGGUUUCCCAGAAAUCGGACUUGGAGAAGGUGAGGUGUAUCUCAAAAACCGGAAAGGAGUUAUCAAGCAAGCGCUGAAGUAUGGUCUUGCGCUGGUGCCAAUCUAUUGUGACGGCGAGGUGGAAAAGUGCUAUUCACAAGCGAACGUUUUGCCGAAGAGUGUGGCUAGUUAUGGAGACAAGGCUUUGCUGAAAUCUUAUCAUCAACUCUUCGUUUGCAAAGACUUUCCUGAAAUCUCAUCGUCAUAACUCUUCGUUCGCAAAGAGUAGAUUCAUCACCUAAAAACUCUACAGAAUGUAAGUCCGAACUACUUAUGUAGUACCCUAAACCCUAACCCAUGUCCCACUCCAAUCUCUUCUUUCAUACUCCAUGGCUGAAUCGCAUGGAUGUGCCUACGACGUUGUUCUGGUCCAGUUAUUUUCCGGCACCUAAUCCCGUGUCCGGUCUGAGAGUCCUCAUCGGCGCACCUCUACAAUUACCACAGAUGGAUAACCCAACUCGGCAAGAGAUAGACUUGUGGCACGCGAACUACGUGGAGGCACUGCAAGGAUUAGUUGAGAAAGAAACGGGGAAAAGGUUGAAGAUUUUGUGAGACUCCUGUUUAAUAAUCUUCUCAUGUCGUAAUUGAUUCUCAGGGUUUGAAUUAGAAAGACCGCUAUUCCUUGAGUCCAUACACGGUGCUUAUUACUUUCUUCUGCUUUUCUCAGUAACGCGAUACUGGCUGUGCUGGAGCCCUGUCUCUAUGUGUAAAAAAGAACAUGAAUACGAAAAACAGGCAGUGCAAUUCACGAGGGAAAUGGCCCUCACAAAGCUUGAUGAAGGCUGUUGUUCCCAACAGAUUUUGGAUACGUCCUCGGACCCAAUGCACC